CCGUUUUCGCGCCAAUUGCACCACAGUGCAUUGUGGGAAUUCAAUGACCGGUGGUGUGUUUGUGGUGUCUCUGGACUGCUUUGUUGACAUAGAUAGCUAUAUUUUUUAAUUUCUCUGCCACUGUAACUUAGAUUUACAAAUGCGGGGAGACGAGUCAGAUUCCGACUCCGGGCGGACGGACGAGAGCUCUGUCCGAAAGAGCUUGGAAAUGCUUUGUCAGGAGCUGAAUAUGGACGAACAGACGGCAUCUGAAGCCAUGCAAAACUUCAAGUCGAUUUGGAAUACAUACACACUGGAGGGGGAAGUAGUUCAUUGGCUAGCCUGCUCUCUCUAUGCAGCCUGCAGAAAGGGUUCCACACCCACUGUGGGUAAGGGGGUGAUGGAAGGCAACUGUGUGUCCCUGACUCGAAUUCUCAGGACGUCAAAACUGAGUUUGAUUCAGUUCUUCAACAAGAUGAAGAAAUGGUCGGAUAUGUCCAACUUAUCUCAGGAAUUUCGGAAUCGCAUGGGCCGCCUGGAGAGAACCUUUGAAGUGUCAACUGUGAUCUUUCGGAAGUUUGAGCCCAUAUUCAUGGACAUGUUCCAGGAUCCUCAAGGGGAGCCCCCACGACAGCCUAGAAGCAGAAAACACAGGCGCCUGCCCUGUCACGUCAGCGAUGUAUUCAAAUUCUGCUGGACCCUGUUUGUGUACACUAAAGGAAAUUUCCGUAUGAUUGGCGAUGACUUGGUGAACUCAUACCACCUCCUGCUCUGCUGCUUGGACUUGGUGUUUGGAAAUGCCCUGCUAUGCUCCAACAGGAAAGACCUUGUCAACCCACUUUUCAAAGGCAUGCCCAGCAUCUUCAGGUUGGAAAACAACACCCCGGACGAGCCGCCAUGUGUCAUCGAUCGGCUGUGUGAGCUACACGAUGGCUUGGUGGUAGAGGCUAAGGGCAUCAAGGAGCACUACUUCAAGCCCUACAUUAAAAGGCUCUUUGAGCGGCAGAUACUUAAAGGGAAUGAGGAGCUGCUCACUGAUCUUCUGGACACACCAAAUUUCAUAGAUAACAAUAAAGCGAUAAACCGGGAGUAUGAGGAGUAUGUGCUGACUGUGGGGGACUUUGACGAGAGGGUGUUCCUGGGGGCGGAUGCCGAUGAGGAGAUCGGGACACCCAGGAAGGCUGCACCAGAACCCCGGGCCUGCCAGCUGUCAGCCCGCAUGCAGGUGGAGAGCAACCUGCAACAGCACUUUGAGAAGAAGCGCACCCUGGCCCCCUCCACUCCUCUGACAGGCAGGCGUUACCUGAAGGAGAAGGAGCUACUGGUGACCCCUGUGUCCUCGGCCACGCAAAGCGUCAGCCGACUCCAGAGCAUGGUCUCGGGCCUGCGUAGCGCCCCCAGCGAGGCCCUGAUGCAGAUAUUCAAGUCAUGUUCGCGGGACCCCAUCGUAGCCAUUCUGAGCAGAGUGAAAACCCUGGGCGAGACGUUCAAGCAACAUUACACAAAGGACUCAGAGGAGCUGCCUGGAUCACACAUGGAUUUUGCUGAGAACAGGAUGAAGCUGGCUGAAAUCCUCUAUUACAAGAUCCUUGAGAAUGUCAUGGCCCAAGAGACAAGGAGGCUACACGGCAAAGACAUGGCUGUGCUGCUGGAGCAGGACAUCUUCCACUGCUCUCUGAUGGCCUGCUGUCUGGAGGUGGUGCUGUUUGCCUACAGCUCCCAGCGCACCUUCCCCUGGAUCAUCAGCAUCUUCAAACUACGACCGUUCUACUUCUUCAAGGUGAUUGAGGUGUUCAUCCGCUCGGAAGAGGGUCUGUCCCGGGACAUGGUGAAGCACCUGAACUCCAUCGAAGAGCAGGUGCUGGAGUGCCGGGCCUGGACAGCAGACUCUGUGCUGUGGGAGGCCCUGGAGCAGGCUCACAACAAGGUCCCCACCGUGGAGGAGGUGAACUUCCCCAGUAGUUUUGACACGGGGAACAGCAGUGCUGGUCCCUCCCACCUCCCUCUGGUGGCCCUCUCCCCCAUCAUCCACCCUCGCAUCCGCGAGUUUAGGACGGGCCUGAGCAGCGCACGCAAAGACAUUCCUCCGUCGCCCUUAUCCGUCCACGACCGUUACAGCUCCCCGGCGGCAGGCAGUGCCAAGAGGCGUCUGUUUGGGGACGACAGCAGCAGCCAGGCCCAGCAGUCUCCGUCCCUUGCCAAGAGGCUCAUGUUCACACCCGGCGGGACGCUGAAGAUCGACACUCCCACCAUACUCAAUAUGACCACAGCCAACGGCCAGCAGCUCAGCAUCCCACUGCAAGGUAUAAAGAAUGAUCUGGGAGGCAUCACGCUGAUCCAGGUACAGACCAGAGGGGAGCCUGGCAGUCCCAUUACAGCCCAGGUCCUCUUGACAGCCUCCCCCAGCCGGCCCAUCCCGGCACCCCAGGCCCAGCCAGACCCCCAACAGAGCCGGCCCCGACGCACCGGCUCCUUGGCCCUCUUCUUCAGGAAGGUGUACCACCUGGCCAGUGUGCGGCUGAGAGAUCUGUGCGUUAGGCUGGACAUCUCGGCAGAGCUGCGGGGCAAGAUCUGGACUUGCUUUGAGCAUUCUAUUGUCCAGUGUCCGGAGCUGAUGAAAGACAGACACCUGGACCAGCUCCUCCUUUGCUCCAUCUACAUAAUCUCUAAGAUUACGAAAGAAGGCCACACAUUCCAGGACAUCAUGAAAUGUUACCGCAGUCAACCACAAGCCAGCAGUCAUGUCUACCGCAGUGUCCUCAUCCGACCCAGCAGCACCAGAGAACAGCCCUCAGACGAGAACAUGGAAGUGGACCCCUCUGGUGGAACAUCCUUAAUUUCAGCUGCUGAGAAAGCCGACCAGAGCAGCAGAGAGGAGGCUCUUGCCCAAGGCGAGGAGCGCGGCGACCUCAUCCAGUUCUACAACUCUGUCUAUGUGCUGAAGAUUAAGGGCUUUGCCCUCCGAUACGCCGCCCCCAGCAUGGACAACAGGAUGGAGGCCCCUCCUCUUUCCCCGUUCCCCUCGAUGAGAGCCCAGCCCCUGUCCCCCCGCCGCAUCUCUCAGAGACACUCGAUCUACGUGUCCCCACACAAGAACGGCUCCUGUCUCACCCCGAACUCUGCCUACACCUACAAGAUCAACGGCAGCCCCUCCAAAGAACUGACUGACAUCAACCGGAUGAUCCGCCAGGGCGGGGUGAGCAGGAAAAGGGCCUUUUCCAUGGAGGGCGACUACUUGGGCGAGUCCCCCACCAAACGGGUGUGUCCCGAGAGCGAGGAUGUGCUGCUCAAACGGCUGCAGGACGUGGUCAGCGAGAGAGCCCACCACUGAGAACCCCACCCUGAAACUCAAUCUCCUUUUAAGAACCCCACAUUCCAGUGCCAACAACUCAUUAAUGUCUUCUGCAAGUGCUUACCCUACUUACAGCAUGAGUCUAUCUUUUUCUGGUCAACAUUUCUUUGUUUUCAGAUGUGAUUUCAAAGUGAAGGACAAAGGUUGGUGAUGAACCAAAACCUGCGUUGCUUUUAAAUUGUCCAUGGACUUCAAGACUGUGACCAAAAUAGGCUUUUGCUGCUGAAUUUGUCUAUCAUAAAUGAUCCUUUGGCCCUCUAUUGCAUUGUAAAGUAUGCAGGCGGUAUCAUAGCAGAAAGGGCUAGUCUCUAUAUGAAAUAUGGCAGUUGACUUUCUUUUCCCUUCAUGCUGCUAAUUAAGGCAGCAUUUGUGUAGUAUCUACACUUUUUAUUUGGUCUUAUUUUAAGGGAAAUUUCUGAGUUAUGGUUAGUGGUGCUAUUUUUGAUAAAAUAUAAAUUUGUUUUUAAUCUUAACUCAACCGCAACAUCUUACAUUAAAUCUAAACAUCAACUCCAUACCAACAUGUCUGGUAUUGCACAAUUACUUGCUUGAUCCUUGAUGUAGUAGGUGCUCAAAUUUGAUGGGUUUCUUAUCAGGAGUUGAAAAUCCAAAUGUUACAACAACCGCAUUUAGUAAAUGAGCAUCAUUAUGUCAUACAUCGUAUUUGGAAAGUAUUUAGACCCCUUGACUUUUUCCAUAUUUUGUUAUUAAUUCUUAAAUGUAUAUUUUCCUCAUCAAUCUACACACCAUACCCCAUAAUGACAAAGCAAA